GCUGCUCGUGGUUUAAUUGGUCAGUAGCUCGUGUGCGCCUGCUGCUGCUUCUGCAUUCCCGCUGUAGGCGUAACCCCACCAUUAAAUCAAAAUUUGUCUGCUUUCUAAAGAUCCUUUUUUCUUUACCACACUUUAUCUCUUUUAACAUCACUGCGUCCAAGUGAUUUACACAAUGGACAAAGACACUGUGCUGACUCAUAUCCUGAAGUUAAAGGGCAUGUCAACACUUCUUGGUGGAGAGCUGCCUGUCAGUGUGAUAAACAACAAUAAGUACAUAUCCCUGCUGACUUCUGAAGCUCAGGUGACAGACAGAAAUGUGGACGACAACUUGCCCUCCCUUGAUUAUGCAAUCCACGCCGCUCUGUCUGGUGAAAUCAAGACUGUGAUACUGGUUGGUCCUGAAGGAUCAGGUAAAACCACUGUUUUGAAGAAGCUAGUUGUGGACUGGGCAAAUGGAGAACACCUUCAAACCUUUUCUUAUGUUUUCCAUUUCCAGUUGAGGGAGUUAAAUUCUCUUAAUGGGAUGCUCUCCUUGGAGAAAUUAAUGUUGCAUUGUCACGAUCACAUCCCUCCUGAGUCCUUGUGCCUUGUUCUGCAGAAGCCUGAGGAUGUGUUGUUUGUUUUUGAUGAUCUGGAUCAGUGUAAAGACAGCCUGGACCCCUCUGUCCACACCCUCUGCUCUGACCCCAGCCAGGUGGCCUCAUUGUCCUGUUUAGUGGCCAGCUUGCUUCAUGGGUCACUGCUGAAAGGAGCUACCUUUGUGGUGGCAACCAGGCCGACAGGAUGUCUGAAGUUUCUGAGUGGAACCCAGGUGGAAGGGUUGGGGUUUCUGAAGCCACAAAGAGAGGCCUACUUUAACGGGUUCUUUACUGACCCAGCUACUGCCAACAAAGCGCUAACGCACAUGGAAAGGACUCUAGGCUUUUAUGAUAUCUGUACCUCCCCAAGAUUUUGUUGGACAGUCUGUUCUAUGUACAAGUCUCUGAUGGAUGCUGGAGCAAAACUUCCUGAGACGUUAUCUCAGCUUUAUGUAGAUAUCCUGGUCCACCUGAUUCAGACACUCUCGUUGAAUGAAGCCUGCAACAGAGAACUAGUGUUGGCCCUCGGCAAGAUGGCAUCUCAUUGCUCCCUUGACCAGCAUUGGAGCUGUACCAAAGAGGAAAUGGAUUCCUUUGGUUUUCAAAGAUUUCUUACCUCAGUUGGUGUUUUCUUCCAAGUAGAUGGUGACCGGUCAGAUCAAUGCGUCUUCUCCUUCCACUCCCAACUGAUGCAGGAGUUCCUCUUGGCCGUGUCUCUCUUUUUGGACAAGGCGACGUCUGAGGGCAUGGAGAAGAUGUUGGAAAAGCACAAAUGCCGUGCAGAGUUUCUAGAUAUCUUCCUGUCAGCACUCUCGGAGCCAAUUCAGCGCAGACCGCUGGAGACCCUGCUGGGGGAGUUGAACUCUGAUCGCAUCAUGGAUUUCAAAUGUUGGUUUAGAAGCAGCUCAGAGAGGACACUGAAGGGAUGGUACAAAGAUAAGCACCACCAUUGCUUCCAUCUGCUUCAUCAAGCUCAAAAUGAGAGUUUGGUGAAAGAGAUCAUCACCUCCUCAGUACGAAUAGGCAUCAGCUAUGGAGACCUGAGCCUCCAGGACUGUGUAGCUCUGAAUUAUGUUGUCACGUGCCUCGGAGUGAUGGAGCAGUUGAAUCUGUACCAGACAAGGAAUUUGACAGAGGAGAAAGCAGAGAGGCUCACUCCAACUAUGAGCUUGUCACAUAAUAUCAUCUUGUCAGACAGCUCCUUGAGUACUGGGGCUGUCCCACACCUGGCUUCAGCUCUCAGCAGAGGCGUCACCAAGGAGCUGGAUCUCUCUCAAACCCGCCUCGGAGAUGAAAAGCUCAAAAUUUUCUGUGCUGGACUCAGAGACUGCAAGCUGCACGUAUUAAAACUUCAAGUAUGCAGACUGACAGAAGCAAGCUGCGAAGCUCUGGUGUCUGUCCUGACCUCAGGCACCUCUCAGCUGUGUGUGUUAGACAUGAGCUUUAAUCAGAUCGGGGACCAGGGCUUCACAAAACUGUGCAAAGCACUGCAUAGUCCUCACUGCAAACUACAGGAGCUCCAGCUCCAAAGCUGCGCGUUGACUGCAGCAUCCAUGAAGGCUUUAUCAGCAGCUUUGUGUUCUGGCCAAUCACAGUUGAGAAAAGUGAACCUUACACAAAACACGAUUGGUCACAGUGGAGUGGAGGCUUUGUGCAAGUCCCUGCAAUACCCGCUUUGUAAACUACAGAGCCUCAAGUUCUUUGAUAAUGAGCUGACAGGUGUAUGCUGUCCUCAUUUGAUGGAGGCCUUGAUGUCAGAGCACAGCUCUCUGUCAGAGCUGGAUCUGUCAGCAAAUGAUUUGGGCCAGGAGGGGGCACUGCUGCUCUGCCAAGCCCUCCGUCGACCUGGAUGUCUAAUAGAAAAACUUGGGUUGAAACGAUGUGAGUUAACCCAGCCGGUCUUCAAGGAACUGGGCUCAGUGCUGAGAAGUGGGACUGCUCAACUUAAGUCUCUGACUGUAGGUAUAAAUGAAGUAGGAGACCAAGGGGUUAAACAUCUUUGGGAUGCUAUUGCACAUCCAAGCUGUCUGUUGGAGGAACUGGACGUUGAAAUGACUGGUUUGACAGAUGCCUGUGUUGAGGACUUGUGUGCUGCUAUAAGAACUAGUAAGACUUUGAAGAGCCUGGAACUGAGAAACAACUCACUGACCGAUGCUUCUGUCCCAGCCCUCGUCCAAGUCAUGCAGGACAGCCACAACAUGCAGGAGAUGAACCUGAAGUACAACAACUUCAGUGAAGAAGUUUUUGACAUGCUGAAUGAGUGUGAUAAAAUAAGAUACUGAAGAAGAUGGAUUACUCUCACAGACUGCUAGAGGAUCACACGCAGUAUUGUAGUGAGUGCUGUCAUGUUAUUGUUACAGCUGAAAUGAUUAGUGCACGAAUCCAUUUGUCAAACAGAAAAAUAACUUGAUAUAACUAUUUUGACAAAUUAAUUGUUUAAUUUUUCAAGCAAAAAUGCCACUGGGGAAAAUUCACUUACUCCAACUUUUGUUUGUCUUACAUGAAAGUAAAUAAAAUAUCUUUAGGCUUGGACUGUUAGUCUGACCUUUUAAGAAAUCCUGAUGGGCACUUUUUACUAUUUUCUAUUCUCUCUAUUUUGUAAAUCAAACGAUUAAAUCGAUAAUGAAAACAA